ACUUUGAGUGAGCUUCUAUUAAGAUCACCAACUGAUUCUUUACCAUCUUUAAGAACUUGCCACCUCAAUAUUCAAGACCGCAGUGUCCUCAUCUUCAAUGUCUCUUUCUUUAAUUCUUGUUCACCUAUAGCAGAUAAGUCAUAAAUUUGUGAUAUAUAUGCACAAACACAGAAACACUACGUUCUUACUCCAUAAUAAAAAGAAGCUAGAGAGGACAAUAAGCCCAGACAAGAAAAAGAUCCCGGCUUUUAGAAACAAUGAACCGGCUCGAGAAUAAAGACUUAAUUUGCUCCUUGCCUGUUAUACCAAGAUUAGAUCGACUGGAUUUCUUGCUGCAGCUUCUGGAAGAGAAACAUGGGGUUUCGGGAAGACAUUCCCUAAAUACUGUCGCAAAGAAAGCAGAAGAAGAAGAAGAGGAUAAGUGCAAGACUCAGACUCUGACUCUAUCCUCUGCUCUGGAACAAGUUUAUCUCAAAGGCACACUCAUAGAGCGGCUCACAGCGCUCGAGAACCGAGUUUCGCAGUUAAGGUUAGAAAUGGAUGAAGGAAAGACGUCAAGGUGGAGCUCAACAAAGUCAUCAAGGCAUGGUUCAGUUGCAUAUAAAGCUGCAAGGAGUGAAGAAGAUGAAAAGGCCAAUCUCCAGGAGAGGCAACUCGAGGAAGAAGCCUCGACUACUAAAGCAGCAUCUUUAGCUGAGAAAACAAAUCACAAAGUUGUUAGUAAUGCUAAAAUGAGAAGGCAUCCAAGUAAAUCCUACAGAAAAUGGCUUGGCUGGCUCCAUGUGAGAUGUUAAAGUCUGAGAUGUUAAUUGAAGACAACAGAGAUCUUAUUUGUUUUUCUAUUUUAAAGAAUUAAUAUGUACCUGUAACGGAUUAAUUAUUUGAACCCUCAUAUGAUCAAGAGAAAUUUGGGCUUGUAGCUUCAAAUGAAUUGUAUGUUAAUUAGUUUGAUGCUUGCUUGAAUUCGAUCGACUCAUCCAUAGUUGGUUGUGAA